AUGAACCAUUUUAUAGGCAUCUUCUAUGGAAACUUUAUUACUACAGGUCAUUAUGGCAUCUAUGGGCCGCUUGCCAUGGGUGAGCUUGCCUCGAUUCUAGAAUACAGUGUGAAUGUGCGACGAUUAGUCGACUGCUCCUCUCAAACACCUACCAGCAGACUAGGUCUUUACGCUAAAACAUUAGACUCGCCAGCUUCUUUGAGGAUAUAUGGCGAUUUGGAUAUCCAGAAUACGCCAGACUUUCUUAAAUUCGUCAGCGAAAACUUCCAGUGCAAAAUACUACACCCAUUUGAUAAGAAUAAUUUCAGGUUUGAUAAGUUCUGGCCAAAUGCUAUUCAAAUGAGCUCAUUUCUGACGAGUCAAGUAUCUACGCAUGUGCUGAGAGCAGAUGGUUCGGUGGAUGAGGUGUAUCAUACAGAGGAUCAACGAUUCUACAUUUUCCACUUUGGCCCCCUGUGA